GAGCCCCGCACGCCUUGCUCGGCAAGACGCGCAGACCCCGCACGGCCUUCACGUCGCAGCAGCUGCUGGAGCUGGAGAAGCAGUUCCGGAUGAACAAGUACCUCUCCAGGCCGAAGCGGUUUGAAGUGGCCACCAGUCUGAUGCUGACGGAGACACAGGUAAAAAUAUGGUUCCAAAACAGAAGAAUGAAGUGGAAACGUUCAAAAAAGGCCCAACAGGACUCCAAAAACAAGGACACAAGUCAAGCUGAAGACAAAAAGCCCAAAGAAACACCCGAACAAGAAAAACCCGCGCCAAUGGCGGCGAGCGAUCUGACAGCUGUCAAACCUAUGUUAGACAGGGACAGAAUUAUUGCGCUGGAGCGAGAAAGAGCUAUGGCUGCCGCGAAUUUCAAUUCUAAUUUGGAAAACCGGCGCGGUUUAGUCGUUAUGAACCAAGAUGGCGGCCGGCCCAUGGAUAUGUUUAGGCCGUAUGUGGUAUGAAAAUAGAUAAACUUUUAGUUUUUAUUAUUUGUUAGUUUGUAUGUUGCACGGUAAUUUAAGACUUAUGUGAUUCAUUUGUAAAGAGCAAGGAGAAAGUUAUUACAAAAAAUAAAUAUAAACUGAAACAGCAAACGCAUUUAAACCUCUUAACGCGGUCAUAAAUUAUUUUAUCUAUGGGUAAAAUAAAACCAUAGAAGAGCUAAGCAAAGCCUCAUAAAAGGCUACUUUGAAAAAAUACUGAAUUUCACAAACAUUUAAUUGAAUAAAAUAUAUUUGGAACCCGAAAUGCAAAACGGUAUAUUGGUAUCACCCGUAUUUGCUUCACUUUAUAGAUAUUUUUUUCUCCUUAUAUUUUUCUGGUCUUUUGUGCGGCAAUUGAAACAACUUAUCCAAAAUUAUUCUUGUUCUCUUUGCUUGCUCGCUAAAGUCACUAUGUAUACUAUAAAUUAAAAAUAAACUUAGAUUUAAAAAUACUAGUCAAGUUUAGUGUAUAUUUCUACAUUUAUUGUUAAAUAUAAUGUUGUAAAUAAUAGUCUUACAAUUAUCUAGAAUUAAGUAAGUUUCUUGUAUAAGUUUGAAACCAGUUCAUUAAAUUUAAAAAGAUCGUGUUUGUCUAUGAUCAGACAAGUUUUAAAAAAUAAAAAUUUUCAUUUCAACAAAUUACAUUUGUCCAUAUUUUUGUGCCAUUAAAUAUAUGUUCAUCGAAAAGCUAAUUAAAAAUUUAUGAAAUCUUGAGAUACAAUUGUUAAAUUAAUUUUUAAUUAAAUUUGACACACCUUAAAAAUUGCACAAAAUUAAUAGAAUUCUUAAUAGGAACAUUUUAAAGAAAGUCUUGAUGCAGGCCAAAUUUAGCAAUAUUAUAUUUAAUUUUAGCUAUGUAUUGAAUAAAAAAAUAUAGGUUUUUUUUAAUGUUAAACCAACAAUCAAGCCAUGAUUUCCUAUUAUGCUUAUUGUUUACUUAAAUGUCUUUUUAUACCUAAGUGUAAUCCUCUCCAAUGGCUUGACAAUACAAUUCCAUUGCAAGAUGGCUUUUUCCCAUGUUUUUUUAUACACUCACUUUCUUGUUUGUUUGUCGUUCCGGUUGGAUUUUUGCAACUCAAU